AUGAGUCUUUGGAUUGACAAGCAUAGACCCAUGUCGUUUGAUAGUCUGGACUUCCACAUCAAGGAAGCUAGUGCGCUCAAGAAGCUCGCAAUGAGUGGCGACUUUCCACACCUUCUCUUCUACGGUCCACCAGGUGCUGGAAAGAAAACACGAAUUUCUUGCUUUCUUCGCGAGCUUUACGGAGUUGGUGUUGAUAAAUUACGAAUCGAGAAUCAUUCUUUUGCAGCACCCUCAAAGAAGAAAGUUAACUUGUCCACAGUUUCAAGUAAUUAUCAUUUGGAAGUCAAUCCGAGUGACGUUGGAAUUUAUGAUAGGAUUGUAAUACAGGAACUAAUAAAAGAUAUGGCGUCUACUGCGCAGCUGGAUGUCACGAACCAACGAGAGUUCAAAGUAGUCGUUAUUCACGAAGUGAAUCGCCUCAGUAAAGACGCUCAACAUUCUCUUCGAAGAACUAUGGAGAAAUACAUGAGAACCUGCCGCUUGAUCCUCUGCACCGAAUCUCUCUCCAAGGCAACUCGUUCUCGAUGUCUCCCUAUUCGAGUGGCUGCUCCUACAGUUGAGGACAUUGUGCGCAUACUCUGCAAAGUCACGAAGCUGGAGGGGCUGGUGAUGCCAACAGAGUUGGCUGAGCGAAUCGCUUUUGCUUCAGAUCGGAAUCUAAGAAGGAGCUUACUGCUGGCAGAAGUUGCGCGUGCCCAGCACUAUCCUUACACCUGCGACCAGACUAUCCUAUUGCCGGACUGGCAAAAUUUUAUUGCCGAUACAGCCUCCUGCAUCCUUAGUGAGCAGAGCCCUCGUAGGGUUCUGGAGAUCCGAGGCAGACUCUAUGAACUAUUGGCUCAUUGUGUUCCUCCCGAUGUGAUUUUCAGGGGGUUAUUGGACGGCCUUCUAUCAUCCUGCGACAGCACUCUCAAGCAUGAAUUGAUAAAUCUGGCGGCAACUCACGAACAUCACAUGCAUCUUGGACAAAAACCCAUAUUCCAUCUGGAGGCUUUCGUGAUUGGUUUUAUGGCGUUGUACAAACGAUUUAUUGAGGAUACUUUGGCUGGGAGCGGAAUCUGA